AUGUUCAAGAGGUCGACUCUUAGGACGUUUGACGCCUUCUCUAAAACGGAGGAGGAUGUUCGUAUUCGUACACGUACAGGUGGUAUAAUUGCCUUGCUAUGUUGUUUGGUAACCAUUUUCCUAUUGAUUAGUGAAUGGUUAAAUUUUAAUCAAGUGGUUAAUAGACCCGAAUUAGUCGUUGAUAAGGACCGUCAAUUGAAGUUAGAACUCGAAGCAGAUAUUACUUUCCCAUCGAUGCCCUGUGAUAUGUUAAGUUUAGAUAUAAUGGACAGCGCUGGUGAAAUCCAGUUAGAUCUAUUAGAAUCUGGAUUCACAAAGACAAGACUGGAUCAAAAUGGACAAUCACUUGGAUCCUCAUCUUUAAAGGUAAGUGAUGAAAGUUAUGACCCCAAGGAUGAGAAUUAUUGUGGGGCAUGUUACGGUGCUAAAGACCAGAGUAGAAACAACGAAGUACCAAAGGAGGAACGUGUGUGUUGUCAGACGUGUAACGAUGUUCGCAGAGCCUAUUUGGAAGCCAAUUGGGCCUUUUUCGAUGGUAAGAACAUUGAGCAGUGUGAAAGAGAAGGUUACGUGGAUCGUGUAAACGAGCAAUUGAAUGAAGGAUGUCGCGUGCAAGGUAGCGCACUAUUAAACCGUAUUCAAGGUACGUUACAUUUUGCUCCCGGUGUAGCGUUCCAAAAUCCAAAAGGACAUUUCCACGAUCUUUCACUCUAUGAAAAGACCCACAACCUAAAUUUUAACCAUAUUAUUAACCAUUUGAGCUUUGGUAAACCCGUUACCUCCAAUGCUCGUGGUAGGGGUGCUAGUGUGGCUACUGCUCCAUUAGAUGGCCGCCAAGCAUUCCCUGACCGUGAUACACACAUGCAUCAAUUCUCGUAUUUUACAAAGAUUGUUCCAACUCGUUACGAAUAUAUGGAUAAAAUGGUUGUGGAAACCGCUCAAUUCAGUGCCACCCUCCAUGAUAGACCAUUGCAUGGUGGUGCAGAUCAAGACCAUCCAACUACUCUACACACAAAGGGUGGAUUUCCGGGACUUUUUGUAUAUUUCGAAAUGUCACCAUUAAAAGUUAUUAACCGUGAACAACACGCUCAAACUUGGUCAGGUUUCAUUUUGAACUGUAUUACAAGUAUCGGUGGUGUUCUAGCAGUCGGUACAGUGCUAGAUAAAAUCACCUACAAGGCUCAAAAAUCCAUCUGGGGUAAAAAAUCUGUAUGA